GGUGCCGGGCCGUCGGGAGCCGGGGCUGGCGGCGGUGCGCGCCGCUGCCACGUCGGACGGACCGGCCGGGCUCGGGGCGCGGGAUGGCGGCACGCUGAGAGCAGCGAGGCGGCGGCGAUGGCGGCGGGGCUGCUGCUGCUGGGCUCCGCCCUGCUGUGCGCGGCGCUGGGCUGCGCGGGCGCGGCGCUGAUCCCCCCCGCGGCCGACGUGAAGGUGGAGGUGCUGCACAAGCCUUUCCUCUGCCACAGGAAGACCAAGUGGGGGGACAUGAUGCUGGUUCACUACGAGGGCUUCUUGGAGAGGGACGGCUCCAUGUUUCACUCGACUCACAAGCACAACAAUGGUCAACCUAUGUGGUUUACACUUGGCAUAAGGGAAGCUCUCAAAGGCUGGGACAGAGGGUUGAAGGACAUGUGUGUGGGAGAGAAACGGAAGCUGACUAUUCCACCAGCCCUUGCUUAUGGAAAAGAAGGGAAAGGAAAAAUUCCACCUGAGAGCACACUGAUUUUCAACAUUGACCUUCUAGAAAUAAGAAAUGGACCAAGGUCUCAUGAGUCAUUCCAAGAGAUGGAUCUUAAUGAUGACUGGAAACUAUCCAAGCAAGAGGUGAAAAUUUACUUGAAGAAAGAAUUUGAAAAGCAUGGAGCAGUGGUAAAUGACACGCAGCAUGAUGCUUUGGUUGAAGACAUAUUUGAUAAAGAGGAUGAAGACAGUGACGGGUUUAUAUCUGCGAGGGAAUUCACGUACAAGCAUGAUGAGCUGUAGAAAGAAAAGGGUGGCAUAAUCUUUUUUGACACAAAUAGCAGUGACUUAGACUGUCUGGUUCUCGUGUCAUCUUGAUUUGUGUUUCGGAAUUGACAGUUGCUGUUGGCAAAGAAACACUUUGUUUAUAUAAAAGAGAAUUUCUGUUUGUUAUGUACAAAUGUUUUAAACUGUUUUAAAGUGUGAAAAUGUUCCUCCUCCUAUACAGCGAAGACUUGCACAUCAGUGUUUUUAAAGUUUUGUAUUAAAUUAUUUUUCAGAAAUGAAACAAACUUUCCAUUUAUCAUUCAUUAUGAAAAUCAAAAUCCAGUUCAGUGAUUUUCUGUGAUUUGUUUGUGUGCCAAGAUCACUUUCAGCAGCUACCUUAUGUAUUAUUUGUAGUCUGUGGCUUAAUUACUUGACCUUCCUUCUUGAGUGUCACUGCUUAAAAAGCAGUUUGCUGACCUUGGGUUUCUUUGUUGCAGAUUUUUAAAAGAGGUAGUAGAAGGCAUCAGCAUCUCUAUAUGGCUGAGAAACUGAUACAAAGCUGAAUGAGAAGAGUGACUAUCAUGUGCUGAUUUUGCCCUUCUAAAGGGAGAGUGUUGCCACCUAUGCCAGUAAUUGUCUGCAUUUUUUCGUUAAAUUUUGUGAACAGAGUAGGAGUUAAAUGUCAGACUUUCACUUCUUCUGCCAGCAACAUUCGGAAAAGCAAUUUGUAAUUUGGAAAGCAGCAAGUUGUGCUGCAGUGCAGAGGUGGUCAAUGUACACACACAUUUGUUUUGAAACUCAGAUAUCAGAAAAGCUCAUACAUUUGUCUCACAGUUUGAGGGGGAUCUUGAGCAGAAUGUUACAAGUCUGAAGUUUUUCCUCUUUGCAGAAGAGAGAGAGUGUACUGACAGGAGGACCAGUAUGGUCUGAAGAACAGUUUCCAGGGGCUUGUCUGCAGCUGUGUAAGCAGCAGAACUUGUUUCAUUGCCCCUUUGCAGCAUUUUUCACAAGUAGAACACAAGUUAUAUGAAUUUUAAAUUUAAAAGUGAAUUUUAGAAAAAAAGAGGUGUUGAGGUAAGUGUUAUGGUGCUGUGUCUUUACAGAGGUGGAGAUCAUUAGGAUUUCAAACACAAAAUUGGAGUUGAAAGAACUUUGGAGAAGAAGUAUUUUGCAAUUGUCUGUGGUUUCUUAAAUGAGAGGGCAAGGUAUCUCAGGGACAGAAUUUAUCCUGACAUCACUAACCUAUGGUUCUAUGAACACAGCAUUGUACUUGAAAAUUGUUGCCCAAAGCCAUGUAAGGAUGCAAAGCAAAUCCAGUUGUAUGAAAGUGAGAUUGCUGCAUUGCACUAACCCUUAACUACUGCAAACUGCAUUCCAGGCUCUCAGUGCUGUAGGUGUGUUAGAUGUUUCCCUGCCAUCUAGUGUUGCAGCUGAGGAUUAGAGGACUGCUGCAUUGAGCUGAGCUCAGCUGCAGAGGGGUGUGUAGAGAGGCCUGUCAAUAAUGACAGCUGAGGGGAAAAGAAAAGUUGUGAGGGUAUGCAAUGCUGGGCUGCUCUGUCCAGCAUCUGACAUUUUGUGUGUGAUGUUCUGAGUGAUAGGAAUUGAACCAUGUAUUUUGUUUUCAGUAACCUUAGGUCUUUUUCUUCAGUGAUGCCAUCUGCUUUUCUUGACCCCAGUAAAACUUCUAAUGCUGUGAGUUUCAGUAAAAUAGCAUAGGAAAAUGUUUCCUUUCUGUUUUAAGCUCAUUUCCUGCCUUUAUUCUUUUAUUGUGAAGAAAUCCUGAAUAGUCAUUACCUAUUUAGCUUACUUACUGGUCAUGGUUCUGCCUAUUGAUAUUUUUUUCUCAUCACUUACAAAAAAAUCAAGCUUGCCUGACUUCACUUUGCCCAAGGCUGGUUGCAUGUUCUGUGCUGGCUGUCUUGAUUUCCCCUACAGUCACCUGGCACCUGGGGGCAGCUCAUUGCAUGUGUGUUUAUCUUGUAUUGUGAUAGCUGCCUUACCAAAUAGAGUCUUUUCCUGUUGACUGUGUAGGGAACCCAGACAAUUACAGCCUAGGCCAAGGGAGGAUAACAGGAUAUGAAGCUGAUCUUUAAGCCAGUCUUGCCUAGAUAUGGGGACUGGCAGGUACUCAGCCAACCAAAGGGGAAAUACUGUGUGUGUGUGUGUGUGCUGCUGGGAAGAGCAGAACUGACACUUUCACUGGGUCUGAGAGGGUUUUAGAUCAUUGUUUGCAGUGUUUAGCACAUUCUCAAAACAUCUGGCUGGGGAAUGAAAGCAUAAAAGCAUGGAAUAAAAUUUGCCUAUGUUACUGACCUAAUACAUUAAAAGUCAAGAUUAAAUAAUGGGGUGCCAAUAUGUGACUCCAGUAAGGGCCAGUUAUUUCUUUUGUAUUAAAUAGGAGUUUACAGUCAGUGACUGCUGUGAAAUGUACAUAGGCAUAAUUUUCUGCUUGGAUUUUUAAAGCCUUUCGUAAAAAUAACUUUUAGUGAAGAUAUAGUUAUUUGUUAAUGCCAGCAGAGUGUUAAAGCUGCAAGACCAAGAUGCCUUAUUUGGUGUUGUGUAUAGGUUUAUGCCAAAUGAGAGUAUGGUUUUUCUUAGUAAUAUUUGAGAGUUGUGUUAAAUUCUGAAAUUGAACUGAAAAUGUUUUUUUUUUAAAGUGCAGAUUCAGCAGCAGAUUUGAGAAGUCACUUCAACUUGAUUAUCAUUUGCUACCAUUAAAAGCCCUUUAGUGAAGAUGAAAGGCUUUCUUAGGUAGAAAUAGCACUGCCUGUUUUAACCUCAAUUGCAUUUGCUUGUUAAUCCACAGAACAAACUGCUGCUGUGCCAGCAGGAGCCAGCCAGCAACCUGCAGGACACCAGAGGCAGGCAGCUGCCUGUCCCCUGCAGUGAGGAGGAAUAUUGGAACUUCAGUGGCACUCAGGAACAUUUUGGUGGCUUGUGUGAGAAGUGUGAGGUGUAUUUCCCUUGAAGAAACAAACCCUCACUGCAUGUCUGUAAAACAUGGCACUUGAAAAAGGGGAGAGGCUUCAAAAUGUAGCACUUUGCUUCAGCAUCCUGUAGCCUUCUUCAAACAUUUCUUGUUGGUUUGUGGUUAUUUUGGAAAAUACAUGGUGAUGUUUUUUAGAACUGCAGCCUGUCAUUCACAGCCAGUACCUAACAAUUACAGUGGGAGUUGCUGCCUUCUGUAGGUACAGAAGCAGCCUUCAGAGCACAUUUUAUCUGAAAAUUCUUGAUAAGCAAUGCAGUGACACAAGAAAGCUUUUGGCAAAGCUUCAGGAAUGGUGCUUUAGUCUCAAAUGUUUUUUUAAGUUUUCUUUUUUGAGAUAAACUGACAAGGCAAACAGAAUGAAUCACUUUAUUUGGUCUUAAAUCUUUUCAGUAACUUAUGUCAUAGAAUUACAGAAUCAUUUAUGUUGGAAAAGACCCUUAAGAUCAUCCAAUCCAAGUGUUAACCCAGCACUGCCAAGUCCACCACUCAGUCAUGUCUGAGUGUCCCAGCUACAUGUCUUUUGAACACCUGCAGGUGUUUCAGUGGUUCCUCCACCACAUUCCUGGGUGACCUCUCCUAAUGCUUGACAACCCUUUACACGAAGAAAUUUUUCCUAACAUCCAAACUAAACCUCCCCUGGUACAACUUGAGGAUGUUUCCUUUUGUCCUGUGCCUUGUUACUUGGGAGAAAAGCCCUACCCUCCCCUUGCUCAUACCCUCUUGUCAGGCAGCUGUAGAGAGUGAAAAGGUUCUCCCCCCUCAGCCUCCUUUUCUCUGGGCUAAACACUCCCAACUCCCUCAGCCACUCCUCAUCAGACUUGUGCCCCAGACCCUUGAGCAGCUUCAUCCCCUUUUCUGGAUGCACUCCAGCACUUCAGUGUCUUCUACUGCCAGGCCCAAAACUGAACACAAAACUGAGCUGCAGCCUCAGCAGGGCUGAGAGCAGGGGGAUAUGGUGGUGUUCACAGGGGUCCCAGGAUGAGGGAAGAGAUGAGAAUGUUGACUCCAUGUUUCAGAAGGCUUGAUUUAUUAUUUUAUGAUAUAUAUUAUAUUAAAACUAUACUAAAAGAAUAGAAGAAAGGAUUUCAAUAGAAGGCUUGCAAGCAAAGGAAAAAGAAUGGAAUGGUAAUAAAAUCUUGUGACUGACGGAGGCAGUCCGGACAGCUGGACUGUGAUUGGCCAUUAAUUAGAAACAACCACAUGAGACCAAUCACAGAUUUACCUGUUGCACUUCACAGCAGCAGGUAGUCAUUGUUUACAUUUUGUUCUUCUCCUUUUGUUUUCUCCUAAGAAGCUCAGGCCUCUCAGCUUCUUAGGAGAAAAAAAUCCAAAGGAAAGGAUUUUUCAUAAAACAUGUCUGUGACAGGGGGACAAUCACUGCCCUGGUCCUGCUGGCCACGCUACUGCUGAUACAGGCCAGGAUGCCAAUGGCCUUUUUGGCCACCUGGCACACACUGGCUCAUGGUCAGCUGCUGUUGACCAGCAUCCCCAGGUCCUUUUCUGCUGGGCAGCUUUCCAGGCACUCUGCCCCAGCCUGUAGCACUGCCUGGAGUAGAUGUGACCCAGCACCUGGGGGCUGAACCUCAUUCAGUAGGACUCAGCCCACUGAUCCAGCUUGUCCAGAUCCCUCUGUAGAGCAUGUCCUUGUGCUGCCAGGAACAUCCCAAGCAUAGAGUGUGUUUUGGUAUUAUGGUGAGCACGAUACGUUAGAGAGUCAUAAAAUUGCAGUGUUAAGUACAUAUUGAACAAAUUGCUGCCAUAAUUCCUUCUUCAUGAUCUAUUGAAUGAAAGUGAUACAUAAUUGGUUUCCUGAGUACUUGGCUGUGAAAAAUAGGUGGUACAGGUCAGCCCUUAAAUUGUCUUUAUCUUAUCUUUAUACAUGUUCCCCACAUCCCAUUGUUUAUGCUGUUAGAUACAAGGUGUUCUAUGCCUUGAUUCAGAAAUCCUAGUUUCAGAUGUGGGUGAGUACCAGCAGGAUUGGGAGAGUUUACUGCUUUGGGGCAUUCUGAGAAAAGACACAAAGCUAGGGAAAAUGUCAGAGAGAGUGGGAUUAUGUAGAAGGAUGUGAGAAGUGCAAAAAGAUUUUCUUUCCUAGAAGCUUUGGCAUCUGGUUAGUUGGAAGAAAGAGUACUGGCAGUCACUGUUGUAGGGACUGCAAGUAAUAAGGCUAGUUCCUGUUUUGACUUUGAUUAAAACUGCUUUGGACAGUUCCUAUAUGGAAUUUAAGGCAAAAUUUAAAUUCACACUUCCAAGGUUUGUUAAAGAGUUUUAAGAACGGUACGUUGAGUUUACUUCUUGAAAAUACAUUGGCCUCAUCAUAGAGUUUUUGCAAAAACCCCCAAAACACAGCCCAAAACACACUAUCCCAAACCCCUUAAUUUGUCCUCAAUGCUGAAUUGUUUUUGGUAACAGGAAAUAGAUCAAAACUGCUUAUAUUUGUAUAAUCCUGGAUAAUUUUAGCUUCUCUUGAAAGUUAAUCGUAAUGCUUACAUUCUGUGUCCUAGUUUUCUCCUGUUUCAUAGGAAAAACAACCCUCUGACAAAAUAAAGAUCUUUCUUUAGCUAA